AGCUGUACCGGGACCAGAUGCUGAGGAAUUACUGGGCCCUCGUUUCCCUGGGCUAUUCAGGUUCCACACCGGACUUAAUCCAACGGAUCGAGUUAGGGGAGGCUGAGCUCUGGAUCAGGGAUGCCGAGGACUCCAGGAAAAACUCAGGACCUGACAGCCCCUCCUCAGCAGGGCACGAGAUCCUGGGAGGAACGAGGACAUGGUCUGGCUGUGGCAGGAGCUUCAGCCAGUCCUCAGUCCUGAAAAUACACCCGCGUACGCACACCGGAGAGCGGCUUUCCUGCUGUGCUGACUGCGGGAAGGGCUUUGCACAGAGCUCACACCUGAGAACUCAUCAGCACAUACACACCGGGGAGCGUCCGCACCGCUGUGCUGACUGCAGCAAGGGCUUUGCAGAGAGGUCACACCUGAGAAUACAUCAGCGCACACACACGGGGGAGCGGCCGUACCACUGCGCUGACUGCGGAAAGGGCUUUGCAGAGAGCUCAAGCCUGAGAAGACACCGGCGCACGCACACCGGAGAGCGGCCAUACCGCUGUGCUGACUGCAGCAAGUGCUUUGCACAGAGCUCAAUCCUGAGAAGACACCGGCGCAUACACACGGGGGAGCGGCCGUAUCACUGUGCUGACUGUGGUAAGGGCUUUGCACAGAGUUCAAGCCUGAGAAGACACCGGCGCACACACACCGGGGAGCGGCCGUACAGCUGUGCUUACUGUGGCAAGAGUUUUGCAGAGAGCUCAAACUUGAGAACACACCAACACACACACAGCGGGGAGCCGCCGCACCGCUGUGAUGUUUGCAGCAAGAACUUCAGCAACACCAAUGCGCUGGCCAAGCACCAGCGCACACACACCGGGGAGAGGCCUUUCCAAUGCACUGACUGCGGCAAGAGCUUUGCAGAGAGCUCAAGCCUGAGACGACACCAGCGCACACACACCGGGGAGCGGCCAUACAGCUGUGCUGACUGUGGCAAGCGGUUUGGUAGGUUGGCCAACCUCACCCGGCACCAGGUCACUCACACCAACACCCCUCUGCCAUUGCCAGGGCCUGAGGGGCUUCUUGGAGCCAGUGGGCCUGACACAGCACCAGCAGAUGCAGACCAGCGAGUGGUCCUGUCCCCCUGAUGACCAGCAGAGACUGUGUGGGGCGGGGAAGGGAACUUGGUUGAGCAGCGUAGGGAAGAGCAGACCGGUGGUAGUAAAUUUAGAGAACUGUCACAGUGUACUCCAUUAGGGAGCUACCCCCUUUCCCCCGUGUAGGUGGGAUCCAACUAUGUGUCUCUGUCCCACACACACUCAUGCAUCUAGCUGGGAUGCAGCCAGGACAACCCCCUCCCCCCCGUCUAGAUGUGACCCAGCCAGGAACUUCUCCCCACACCUACCUCCGUUCCAGCCAGCAGGUGACUCUUGGGUGGCAUCUAGAGGUGGGAUUUGCAGUCCUGUGGGGCCGGGCAGGGCAGGACUGCCUGGUCCAUGUAAUUGAAAGGAGACUCAGGAACUGCUCAUGCCGUCUAUUUUAAAUAGAAAUAUGAUGAAGAAGAACUAUGUACCUAAUAUGUAACAAAGGUCUGUCUAGUCAGGUGUUUCUUUGCUAUUAAAGAAGCUGAUGGGUUCAGACGGCAUGUGGAGAAGCCAGUGUGACGUGUAAAUCUUUAAGGUGAACCAGUGAAAAUGUUCUAAGCCCUAACUGUCUGUAAGGCGGUCGCGGCUCUCUCCCCGUCCAUCAGGAGGCUGUGCAGUCCCAGCUGCGCUUGAGCCGUAGGAAUUGGGAUACCUACAGGCAGAUUUCUCGAGGCUUGUGUGAACAGGGCUGUGAUCGGGACACGCUGCAGUGCAGAGCGAAGAUAAAGGAGAUAAGGCAGGCGUACCAUAAGGCGAGGGAGGUGAACUGUCGUUCAGGUGCUUCACCUAAGAUCUGCUGGUUCUAUAAGGAGCUGGACGCUAUCCUCGGUGGCAACCCCACCUCCAUUGCCAAGAGCCCCGUGGAUACUUCAGAGGGCCUGGGGCGGCGGACAGAGGAC